GGGCAUGAUUUUGUAGUUAGAAAUUCAAAAAAAAAGUAAGGUCAGAAUGGAUGUGAAGCAGCAGUUGGAGCGGCAGGACGUGAAUCAGGAUGGUGGCGAGGUGGCCACGGGCAGCAAGGACCUCGAGCUGGUGGAGCACGGCGAUGACUUGAGCAGGAACUCCAGUCUGACGACCGUCUGCAGCACUUUUCCAUUGACCGCAAGAAUUGACAGCUAUCACUGCUGGCAGCCGAUGGACUCGAAGAUCGGGGAAAAGGACACCAUGGAUCGCGAAUUGGAUUCGGAGAAAGAGCGAAAGAUGCAACUGGCCAUGUCCAUGCCGCUCACCUUUGAAGUCACACAACCUUGAUUUGACGAAAAUUAAAAAUACUAGUAUUUACGAUAAAUAAUCCUAUUAUUAAAGUGGAAAAAUUGGCUCAAAAUAAAUUUAUUUAUAACUUUAA